GCGGCUGCUGUCCCGGCUGGAAGAGCUGGAGAGAGCCAUUGUCCAGAGAAGGGAUGCGGGCGUCUGCCGAGGGUCCCGGGAGAUUUCCCUGCUCGGGGAGCGGGGAGGAGAGAAGGGGCCGCCGCUGAGCCAACCCCUGCAGGUCAGGCUGUCGUUGCAAUGAUCACACGCAGCGUUCCUGGAGGAGCGUCUCCGCCCCAGACCCCAAAGCACUUUACAAAGGGGGGUUGGGGCAAUUAUCCCUAUGGGACAAAGGGGGAAACUGAGGCACAGGGAGGGGCAGAGCCCUGACCAAGGUCACGCAGUAAAUGCCCUGCCAGUGUCUAACUGCAUUUGGGCUGGAGGGUGACGUCCCCUCCCUGCCAUGCCGAGGCCCCGAGCCAGGCCUAAGGCCCCUCGCCACCCCAGGCGAACGGGUUUAAUGGGGCCAGGGGACUUGCGGGGCUCUCAGCCCGAGUGGGAAUUUCACUCUCAAGGCGGAGAAAUAUUGUCUUCCUGUAAAGUGCCUCCCCGAUGGCGACGUCCCAGCAGGGAUUCCCGGGGGGCAGCAGCUGCUCUCUGAACGUGAACCCCAGUGUCUGAAAUGCCCCAGACGCCAGAGACGCCCACGGUGGCCCCUCUGCCUGGGACACCCCCCCCGUGACUGUCUCUUCUCUCGCUCCCUCUCCAGGGUGCCGGGAGCAGUGGCAGCAGGUGAGUCCCCGGCUCCAUUUCACCCCCCCCCCAUGCUCAGUUAUGCUGGGAAAUGGCACGAAAUCCGGAGCUUCCCCCGCCCCUGCAGUGCGAGACGCCGGCUUGGUGCCUGGGAUCAGGUCUCCCCUCGUGGCUGCCUCACGAGGGGGAAGAGCCUGUUACUCCCCGACAGCUCCUGGGGUCCCACCAGGGCUGUCGGACCCAUGGGCCGGACCCGGCCUGUCUGGCGUAUGUCUGUGGCCACCUCCCGGUGUGGAGAAUCUCCGCUUUCCAUUUUAGCGGAGGACGGGGCGUUUCGGGAGCCGGAGCCGGGGUUUGCGGAGCUGGAGAGGAGACUCAGCGAUUUCUCUCUGACAAGGGCCGUCCUGCAGCAGGUCCUGCGGGGAUUCAAAGAGACGCUGCGACGGGAGCUGGGGAGCGACGCAGGCUGCGGAACGACCUCCCCCUUUCCCUCCGGAUGGGCCCAGCCCCCCAGGGGACGGGGACGAGCGACGGCUGCCGGGGAGCUGGCUCAGGAGCCGGUGGCCUUCGAGGAGGUGGUUGUGUAUUUCGCCAGGGAAGAGUGGGCUCUGCUGGACCCCGCUCAGCGAGACCUGUACUGGGACAUCAUGCAGGAGAACUACGAGAAUGUGACCUCGCUGGGGUUUCCAGUUUCCAAACCUGAGGUGAUGUCCCAGCUGAAACAAGGGGAAGAGCUGUGGAUCUCAGAUCUCCAGAGCUCUGGGGAAAGAGAGAUCCUGAGAGGAACCUGCCCAGGAGAUGAUGGGAUGGUGCGUGAGAAGAAGGAGCAGAAACCAAAGCAGGAAGAUGCUGAGCACAUGGAACUGCACGGGGGAUUAUCACAAAGAACUAAUGGGAACAUGCCCGGGAGUCAUGAGGAAAGGCAGCAGAGAAACCAGGCAGGGGGAAAAGUGGGUAAAUCCAUCGGUUGUGAGGAAAAUCACAAGGACCUCAAGGAAUGCAGUGCCCAGCAGAGAAUCCUCAUGGGAAAGAGAAAAAAUAUAUGCACUGAGUGUGGGAAAACCUUCCCUGGGCUCUCACACCUUAUUAUGCACCAGAGAAUCCACACGGGAGAAAGACCCUACGCAUGCUGUGAGUGCGGGAAAACCUUCAUUCGAAGCUCCCAUCUUAUCAGACAUAAGAAAAUCCACACCGGAGAGAGACCCUAUGAAUGCUGCGAGUGCGGGAAAACCUUCGCUGUGCGCUCACACCUUAUUAUACACCAGAGAAUUCACACGGGCGAGCGCCCCUACGCGUGCCCGGAGUGCGGGAAAACCUUCACGCGAGGCUCACACCUUAUCAGACACCAGAGAACCCACCGUGGCGCGAGGCCCUAUGAAAUCUGGUUUCCACUUUCCAAACCUGAGGUGAUGGCCGAGCUGGAACCAGGGGAAGAGCUGUGGGUCUCAGAUUUCCAGGGCUCUGAGGAAAAAGAGAUCCUGAGAGAAAGCUGCACAGGAGACGAUGGGACGGUGAGUGAGAAGACGGAGCAGAAUCCAGAUCACAAAGAUGCUGAGCACGUGGAAAUGAAUGGGGCAUUAUCACAAAGCACUGAAGGGUGCGUGUCCAGGAGUCAUGAAGACAGGCAGCAGGGAAAUCAGCCAGGGGAGAAAGUAGGUGAAUCCAACAGCUGUGAGGAAAACCACAAGGACCUGAAGGAAACCACUGCCCAGAAGAGAAUCCUCAUGGGAGAGAGAGAAAACAUGUGCCCUGAGUGUGGAAAAAUCUUCCUUUGGCGCUCCCACAUCAUUGAACAUCAGAGGAUCCACACAGGAGAGAGACCUUAUGCAUGCUGCGAGUGCGGGAAAACCUUCAUUCGACACUCACAUCUUCUUAGACAUCGGAGAAUCCACACUGGAGAGAGACCCUAUGGAUGCUGUGAGUGCGGGAAAACCUUCACUCGGCGCUCACACCUUAUUACACACCAGAUAACCCACGGAGGCUCAAGUCCCUAUGGAUGCUGUGAGUGUGGGAAAACCUUCACUCGGCACUCCUACCUUAUUAGACAUCAAAGAACCCAUGCUUGCCAGGAGCCCUAGGAUUGCUGGGACGAUAGAACAAACUUCUUUCUGUUUGAUCAGCCCUUAUUGAUCGUCAGAGAAUCCAGAAAGGAGAGAGACGACCCUAUGAAUGUUGUGAGUGCGGGAAAGCUUUCAUUUACCACUCAGACCUUAGGAGAUAAAAGAUGGUCCAUGUAGGAUAGAGGCUCUGAGUGCCGGAAAAGCUUCCAUCAGAGGUCACACCUUGUUUAUCAUGAAAGAAGCCACAAGGGAGAUAAACAUCAUAAGUACUUUGUCGAGGGCUAACCACAAAUGUUGUGGUCUCUCCGCUCCCCCAGGUGAGUGGUCCAAUUUUGCUUUUUGCGGCUUGCCCUUCUUUGGAGUAAAUCUCCAAAGACCCUUUCUAUCAACUGCUUUGUUCUGUGAGUCAGAGGCAUAUGCGUCCCUCUUACUACGCCAUCCACAGCCUCAGGAACAACUCUGACAUCAUAAUUAAAGAGGCUGACAAAGGAGGUGCUGUCGUCAUCAUGAAUAAGUUGGAAUAUGAACAAGAGGCUGCUUGGCAGUUCUCCAAUACCACUUUCUACAGGCCAUUGGCCUCUGAUCCCACUGAGAGUCACCAAAAGAAAUGAUACCAUCUGCUCAAGAAACUCCCUGAAAAAGCACAGGAACAGAUCUGUGCAGACACAUGCCUAGAACCCCGAUCUGGUGUCUUCUGUCUGC